AUGUUAAAGUUUGUGAUUUUAUUGUCGGCAGUAGCCUGUGCUUUAGGUGCUGCCAUGCCGGAAGGCAUGGUACCUCAAUUGGAUGGUCGUAUUGUUGGUGGUGUUACAACAUCUAUCAGCUCCUUUCCGUGGCAAAUCUCUCUACAGCGUGGUGGUUCUCAUUCUUGCGGCGGUUCCAUUUACAAUAACCAGAUCAUAGUGACGGCUGCUCACUGUUUGCAAUCAGUUUCUACCUCUGUUUUGAAGGUUCGUGCAGGUUCAUCAUUCUGGAAUUCCGGUGGCAUUUUGGUUAGUGUGGCUGCUUUCAAGAACCAUGAAGGUUACAAUUCAAAUACCAAAGUUAACGAUAUCGCUGUCAUACGUUUGAGCUCAUCCUUGACUACUUCCUCCACAAUUAAACCUAUCGCUUUGACUUCAACUGCUACUGCUACUGGUGCUGUGGCUUCUGUUUCCGGUUGGGGUACCACAAGCUCUGGUUCGGAUUCUCUACCCACUCAAUUACGAUACAUCGAUAUUAAAAUUGUUGCUCGUACUCAAUGCGCUUCUUCCAACUAUGGCUAUGGCUCUAAAAUUAAGGCCAGCAUGAUUUGCGGUUAUACUGUUGGCAAGGACUCUUGUCAAGGUGAUUCGGGUGGUCCGCUGGUGUCAGGUGGUGAGUUGGUUGGUGUUGUAUCAUGGGGCUAUGGUUGUGCUUAUCCAAACUAUCCUGGUGUUUAUGCUAAUGUUGCCGUGCUACGUUCUUGGGUUGAGAGUGCUGCUGCAAGUGUUUAA